UGAGAAAUAACCUCCAUCACAUAGUUUAUGCAUGCUCAGCUGUGACACAAAACGGUUUGACCUUCCUUAUUUUCCAAUUUGAAAUCCCAGCAGAGACCAAGGAGCCUGUGUCUGAGUCAGGGAUCCUAGUGAGCAAAGCUGUGGACCUCAUCAUCGAUGAAGUCACACUCAAACCAGCAGUGGUGGGAGUCAAGCUUAAUGUCUCAUUUUGGAUGAACAGUUUCAUUAAUGCAACACAGAAGUUAAAU